AUGAAAACAUUUGUGAGCCCAGGCAAUGCUAUUUGCUGUUCAGUUGUAUCCGUUGCUGGUAUUAUCUUUUUGACGAUACUUGGAGUCUUGUUUGAUAAGGAGGUAGAGGCACUGACUGAAUCGGUCAAUGAUCCUGACGAUCCGCAUGCCGUUGCUCAAGCUUGCUUCACCGCUGCUAUCGUCUAUGGAUGCUUUUUGGCGUUCUGUGGAUGCCAGGCUCUUGUACACAAGUAUAACGCACGCAACCAAAUCCAGCUCUAA